CAACACAGGGACUCCAAGAAGCUUUAGUAAAAGGGAAGUGCAUCUUCGCCGGCCGGUGUUGGAAAGGAGGAGAAACCAGUAGAAGGAAAGAAUACCACUUAAAAGGGUAACCACAAGCGUUUGAGCUUUUUGUACCACUUUUAGCCCAGACUUCCAGCCCAGCCUUCCAGCCCAGCCCACCCCCAGCCAGGUGAGCGGCCGCCACUUCCCCUGUGUGUGUGCAGGACCACUUCCUCCAUGAACUUGCCCAGAGAUGAAGGCCUUCGCUCCACACCGCCGCGCAGGCUCCGGAGCUCCGACCGGGAAGACGGUGAGAUCGAUGUCCUGGGAGAAGAGGAAGAUGGAGACGAGGAAGAGGAAGACGAGGACGCUGAGGCGAGCCAGCGGUUCCUAGAGCAGCUGCACCAGCCGGGGCCUCAGCAGGCGCGGCCGGGCGCCGGCGCGCUUUCCCGAGAGUGCACCGAGGGCGGCGGCGGCACCAAGUUCCGGGCGUCGAUCGGGUCUGUGGCGGCCUCUGGGGACGCCCCGCAGCCGGCGAAGCCCCCCUACUCGUACAUCGCGCUCAUCACCAUGGCCAUCCUGCAGAGCCCGCACAAGCGUCUCACGCUCAGCGGCAUAUGCGCCUUCAUCAGCGGCCGCUUCCCCUACUACCGCCGCAAGUUCCCGGCCUGGCAGAACAGCAUCCGCCACAACCUGUCGCUCAAUGACUGCUUCGUCAAGAUACCCCGCGAGCCGGGCCACCCGGGAAAGGGCAACUACUGGAGCUUGGACCCCGCAUCCCAGGACAUGUUCGACAACGGCAGCUUCCUCCGGCGCCGGAAGCGCUUCAAGCGCCUCCACCCGCCCCCGGGAGCCCACCUGCACCACCCCUUCCCUCUGCCUGCUGCGCCCGCCGCCCUGCACGGCCCCUAUCCGGGACUGCUGCUCGGGCCCCCGGCCCCGCCGCAGCCUGUCCCAGGGGCCUACCCAGCUGCCGCCCCCGGGGGCCGCCCGUGCGCGCUGUUUCACCCUCAUCCCCCUCGCUACCUGCUGUUAUCCGCCCCGGCCUAUGCUGAGGCCCCGAGGAAAGCUCAAGACUCAGACAUGGCCACUCCCGGCGCUUUCCAGGCACUGCAGCCCUCGCAGGGUCCCCAACCUUGGGAGGAGGGCAAGGGGCUGGGGUUGCGGCCGGGGGGCGGAUGCACCUCCUUUAGCAUUGAAAAUAUCAUGCGAAGUGUCCGAGGAAGGGCUACGGGCGCCGCACAGAUUCAGCCCUCGACCUCGUGGGGCUACUGCCACCUGCUGCAGCGCCCGUCGUGCCUGUUGCAUCCCCAGGCCUCUUGCCCCUUGCUGCAGGCGUCCGCCGCCGCCGCCGCCCGGACGAUUUUGCAGCAGCCGCAAGAGCAGCAAGGGGACUCGGCCAGCAGCUGCGCUCCCAACAAGGGCGCACAGCUCAGGCGGCGCCUCUCGGUCGCCGAGGCGCUGCUGGGGAGUCAGCCCGGGGCAGAGAGCUCCAGGCUGUCGUCGAUGGUCGCCCUUUUGGGCACAGAAGAUACCUUGCCCGUCUUUUGAGUAGCACUCACACCCUGCCCUAUAGCUGCCUCCGCGGGGCGCACCGCGAGCCAAGCCGGAGGGCAGAGCAACUCCAGGUCCCGCUCUCCACGUGGUCUGCCCUUGCGCACACCACCCUGCUCUCCCAGGAUUAGGUGUGUACAUCUGAAUUCUGCAGCUGAAGUGCAUAUUUCGGUUCGCCGCAAAAUAUUUACGAAGGAAAAAUUGGAUUCUGUUCCCUUAAGACAACUUAAACGGAAACUUCCUAUGUCGUCAAGCCUGACCUUUUCUUUUCCAGCCUUCACUUGUGUUUUCUAGGGCUUUUCCGAUUUGGACAUUUCCAGAGGAACUAUGAACGUGAGUGGGGCGUUUUGUUCUGGUAUUAAAAGAAAAACAGAGAACACAAUGGCCAAUGCACAACAUGUUUCCUUUUCUUCACUCCUGAGGAACUGCGAAUGUUAUUCCCAAGUGCAAGCUCUGUAUGUCUUCCUGAAGUCGAUGUGUAAUAUAAAUAGAACUUUAAUUUCAGAGCAUUUAUUUCUAAUUUGUGUGUCUGGUGUGUCAUCUUCUGUGGAGAGAUGUUAAAAGUAAACCUAGCUAUAUAGACUAAAUAAAAUGCUAAAUCACUACACUACAUAGUCUAUGUUAUAUUACUUCCCUUUAUUUUCUUUCUAAAUGGAACUCCUUCUAAAACCGUUCUUUCCUGCCAAUUAAAUUUAGUUUUACAAUUCAUAUUCAUUAUAGAUAUAAGAAACAAUCCAUUUUCAAAACCGCUUUUAAAAUUCCUGUGUAUUUGAAGUUGAAAAAGCCCUGGCUUUUAAAAUGGGAUUUAAUAUUUGUGAAAUCUGUAGAAGAAAAAGAAUUGAAGGACAUGUAACUACUUUCUCCAUUUGUUUUUCAUCUUUCUAAAGAUGUUUUUUUCCCCUGAAUAAACUGGAGGAUCAUUUGAGAUCAGUUUGGAAUGUAGUGGCCAAUGCUUAUUAGGGAAAAAUAAAAGGGCAUUAAAAAACUAUUAGAAAUUUUCAAAACCAGGGCUCAGAGAACUAGAAAAUACAAAACAAAGCAUUCGUGUCUUGGACAUUUACAAUUAAAAAAACGCUCUCUCCAGGCAGAUGGCUUCUGCAGGCUCCUAACCCAUUUCUUUAGAA